GCUGGGUUAAAAAAUCUCCAUCUCCAUUUUCAUUCCAGUACCAUUUUAGGUUGAAAGAACAAAAAAACGAGCCUACAGAGCAAGCACUGUCGAAACAAACACAAGCCGAAUACAUUGAAAGUUGGCGAUGGCCUCGGUUACGAUACGGCCCGCAUCACCGGCCGAUGCCCCCGCCAUCGCCGCCGUGCAUUACCGCGCGCAGGAGAAAUACCACGGCUUCUACGGGGCGUUUUUCGUGCGCAGCCCGCGCGACAUAUUGAUUCAGGCGACGGCGAGGGCAAUACAGAAGCCGGAGAAUGUGUAUUUGGUUGCUGUGGAUGAGGAGUCGAACAAAGUGGUUGGGUUUGUGCGAUAUGUUGUGGAGGAAGAGAAGAAGCAGGCGGAGGAGAAACAAGAAGAGCCUGCUGUUGUGAGUGAGGAAGCUGGGCCGUCGCUUCUUGGUGUCAAGGAGCAUUUGAAGGGGUUGUGGGAGGAGUUUAAUGAGAAGCAGGUUGCGAUGGAUGGGUGUUAUGAGAAGGCUGCUGAUGGGAAGAGACAUAUCUAUGUAAAUCACUUGAUGAUUGACCCUGAUUACCAACGCAAAGGCAUCGGAGGAAAGUUACUCGGCGCCGUGUUAGCGAGGAGCGACGAGGAGAAGGUGCCGACGUUUUUGAUGUCGUCUGCGGAGUCGCGCGGGUUGUAUGGCAAGAUGGGGUUCGAGAUUCUGGGGACGUGGAGGGUUGAUAAUGGGGAUUGGGCGGGAAGGGUGGUGGAUGUGGAGAGGGGAUUGGGGAUUGUUGGGAGGGAAGGGCUGGAGGAGGAGUUUCGGGGGGUUGGGGAGGUUGAGGAUGUUAUGGUGAGGAGGGUGAGGUGAGUGAUGGCGAUGGUGAUCUUCAGGUUGGAGUUGAGGUUGGGAGGUUGGGGGAUGUGCAUGUACAUAGAAAGAUGCUGUGUAUAAGUUUGUAUCAAGCAUUCUACAACGUGCUAUUAGAAAAGCACUCGUAAUCUGUAUAAGAGGCGUUGUGAAUGGCCUUUGCGGCUCGCUUGAUGGGAUGGAGAGCGGGUACGGGUAUCUGCAUCAAGGGUCUACUCUAGUGCUGAGAUGCAGACGGG